AUGGGAGGCGGCCCCGAGCAGUACCGUACGGUUGCCUACUUCGUCAACUGGGCCAUCUAUGGCCGAAAGCACCGGCCCCAAGACCUCCCCGCCGACAAGUUGACCCAUGUGCUGUAUGCCUUCGCCAACGUGCGCCCGGAAUCUGGCGAGGUGUAUCUGACCGACCCCUGGGCCGACACCGACAUCCACUGGGAGGGCGACAGCUGGAACGACACCGGCACCAACCUCUACGGCUGCCUCAAGCAGCUCAACCUGCUCAAGCGCCGCAACCGCCAGCUCAAGGUCCUCCUCUCCGUCGGCGGCUGGACCUACAGCUCCAACUUUCGCCAGCCCGCCUCGACCCCGCAGGGCCGCGCCACCUUCGCCAACUCCUGCGUCGAGCUCAUCAAGAACCUCGGCUUCGACGGCAUCGACGUCGAUUGGGAGUACCCUCAGUCCUCGGCCGAGGCUGCCAACCUAGUCGCCCUGCUGCGCGCCGUCCGCGAGGCCAUGGAUGCGUACAGCCGCACGCUGCCCGCGCCCUAUCACUUCGAGCUGACGGUCGCCUGUCCCGCCGGCGCUCAGAACUACGAGAAGCUCGACCUGCCCGGCAUGGACCGCCUGCUCGACUUCUGGAACUUGAUGGCGUACGACUACGCCGGCUCCUGGGACUCUACCUCGGGCCACCAGGCCAACCUGUAUCCCAGCUUCUCCAACCCGCGGAGCACCCCCUUCAGCACCGUCGCCGCGAUCGACUAUUACGUGUCUCGCGGCGUGUCGCCGAGCAAGAUUGUGCUGGGGAUGCCGCUGUACGGGCGGGCGUUCCAAGGGACCGACGGCCCGGGGCACGCGUACUCGGGCGUCGGGGAGGGCACGUGGGAGAACGGCGUGCACGACUUCAAGAAGCUGCCGCUGGCGGGCGCCGCCGAGGUGCUGGACCGCGAAGUGGGCGCGAGCUUCUGCUACGCGGCGGGCACGCGGACGCUGGUCAGCUACGACACGGUGGAGAUGGCCCGGCACAAGGCGCAGUUCGUGCGCCAGCGGCAGCUCGGCGGCGCCAUGUGGUGGGAGAGCAGCGCCGACAAGGACGGCCCCGAGAGCCUGAUCGGCAACGUGGUCGACGUGCUGGGCGGGCGCGGCUUCCUGGACCACACGCCCAACUGCAUCGAUUGCCCACACACCAAGUACGAGAACUUGAGGGCGGGGCUCCCCAACAACUGA